CCGCCGGUCCCGUGUCCUCUCCCGGCCAUCGUAGCGGGCGGCGCAUUGCGUUGAGCUGGGAGACGUGUGUUUAGAGGGACCCGGAAGGGAGAUGGCGGCGGAGGAGGUUGAACAGGGCACCGCAGAGCCGGGGCCGCUGCCACCCGGGGUCGGAUCCGACUGGGAGUCCGCCCUCUUUGAUGAGCUCAGUGACCUGGCUGACACAGAUGAAACACAGCUGGAUGUGGAUAAUGAGAUUUAUGAGAACAGUCUUUAUAACCUCGACUUUGAUUUGGACUUGAUGUCUUGGGAUUCAGGCCCUUGGGAUGUGAUGAGCCAUACUUGUAUAGAUGAAAACUUGAAGGAAGAGCCUCAGUCGCCAGCCACUUCAGUUUGUUCAGUCCCUUCACCAUUGUCAGACUCUUCAGUGCAGCAUGUGCCUGAAGACUUGGACUUCAGCACCAGCUCCCAGAUGUCUCCUCUCUCUCUAUACAGCAAGAGAUCUGGAAGUCAGAAAGAUAAAAAGCUCACUUCCAAUGCUGCACACCAGUCUGCAAACAGCUCUGUGGGGACACCAAAAAGAUCUAGUCAGACAACAUCCAAACCUUCAAUUCAACCCAAGCCUCUCUUGCUGCCUGCAGUACCUGAAGCUCAGGCCAGCCUUGGCAUUCAGGCUAAAGCCAUCAUUAUUCAGGCUCUUCCAGCGCUUUUGCCACUGACAAAGCAGCAUCCAGUUGUUAGUAUCCAACCGGCCCCUCCUAAAGGUCAGCCAGUGGUGCUUUCUCAGUCCACUGUGGUGCAGCUCCAGACUCCUGGAGUUCACCCUGCAUCUCAGCCAGUCAUUGCUGUCACUGGAGGGACCACGCAGCUGUCCAGUCACACUGUGAACGUACUGGCACCAGCUACAGGAAGCAGUUCAGUGAGUGGAAAAAUAGCACUGGCUAAACCCCUCCUCCAAGCCACUACGCAAACUACAGGCGUGGAUAUUAACAUCCUGAGAAGACAGCAACGCAUGAUCAAAAACCGGGAGUCUGCCUGCCAGUCACGCAAGAAGAAGAAGGAAUACAUGUUGGGGCUGGAGAGCAGGCUGAAGGCCGCCUUACUGGAGAAUGAGCAGCUCAAGAGAGAGAAUGGCUCACUGAAGAGGCAACUGGAGGAAUUGGUGUUAGAGAACCAGAAUCUUAAAAUCCCCUCUCCAAAAAGAAGAGCUGUGUGUGUGAUGGUGAUAUUGGCCUUUGUAAUGUUGAACUAUGGCCCACUCAGUGUAUUUGAAAGGGAUUCCAAUGGAGCUGAACCCAGCGUGAGCCUUGCCCACCACAGCAGAAAUCUGCUGGAGUUCUCAGCCAGCCAGAAGCUCAGCACAGCUCAACAAAUGCCUAACAUCAUCUCCCAGAAUAAGGAAAGGAAUGAACGUUCUGUUUCUGAUAACAAAGCCUUAAUGGUAGUAACAGAAGACCCACUAUUGUAUAUUUCUCCACCACCUUGUCAGCCACUGAUCAACCGGACCGAGUCUCUCAGAUUAAAUCACGAACUUCGAGGGUGGGUUCAUAGGCAUGAAGUGGAAAGGACAAGGUCUAGAAGAAUGUCAGAAAACCAGCAACAGAAAACACAAGUUGUCCAGAGCUCUACAGGAGAGAAUGCAGAUUCUCAGUUGAUCGCCAUGCCAAACACAGACCCCAGCAUCAGCAGGAACUCAGGGAAUGAGCUUCAGGUGUAUUAUGCCUCUCUGAGAAAUUACCAAGACUUCUUUGAAGCUAUUCACAGAAGGGGGGAUACAUUCUACGUGGUAUCUUUUCGUCGGGAUCACUUGUUGUUGCCUGCCACCACCCAUAAUAAGACCAGACGACCCAAGAUGUCUAUCGUGUUGCCAGCAAUAAACAUCAGUGAGAAUGUGAUAAAUGGGCAGGACUACGAGGUGAUGAUGCAGAUAGACUGUGAAGUGAUGGACACCAGGAUUCUGCAUAUCAAAAGCUCCUCCAUACCCCGGUACCUUCGAGAACAGCAAGGAAAUCAGACCAACCCCUUCUAUAGCGCUGCUCCCACCGUCCCUGAGACAGCCCACCCCGUGAGAGCAAUCAUGGAAUCACUGCAGUAGCUCCCAGAAGCCUCACAGCUGCAGUCUCUGAGCCUCAGCAAGGAGGCAGAAAUGUUUGGUGAUACAAAUGCAGUUUUCACGACUAUCACUAUUACUAGGUAAACAGCUGGGGAUACCCAGAUCCAGCACUAGGCCCUACCACUUGCAGUUAGUCUGUCCUUUCCAGGACUCCUAGAACUGCAGAGGCUCAGCCCGGGCAUAAUUCCAGCACUGAUACUCCUCCUCAAGUGGAACAUUUUACCAGAACCCUGUGAUGCUGCCCUGCCCGUUGCCUUCCCGGCCUUGCUGGUGCACCCUACCUAGCCUCUUCCCCUGUCAGAUACGUCCCAUGAUGGCCCUGGGCAGUGUUUGACAUCAUACUGGUAAUGACAGCAAGUGAACGGAGAGCCUGCAGGUACAGGGCAGGCAGGCAAAGGAAGCUGGGCAGAUGGGUGGUGUCUGGGAGUGGCAGUAUGGCCUGGUAGCCAGCAAACAGGGCUGGGGCCAGAAGGACACGGCCUUACCUGCUGUAUGAUCUGGAAUAACUUUCUUGACCUGUAUUUCAGUGUCCCCAUUUGUAAAUUGGGGCUAACCCCUGCCCUACCUCACAGAGGAGGGGGUUCUGAGGUUUGAUUAGCUGCUGUUUAUGGAGAGCUGGGGAUCUUGUGGAGGGAGGCUCUGGUAGAAGUCCAGAGUCGCAGUAUUUAUUUAUUUACACUCAAGCAUGUUAGCAAACAGGGCAAGAGAAGAAUGGGCAAGUUUAACUGUGGAGGGGGCACCGAGACAUGGGGUUCCCUAGAAGCAACAUGUCCUGUACCUGUGCAGACGCAGGGCUGCAGCUUUUGUCUGGAACUGUGCGCAGUGAACCAUUCUGCUCAUACUCUGCUCUGUACUUAGUGCCAGGUACCAGGAUAGGAGAAAGGAACAGCUGGCCUCGCCUCUACAGUUCCCCCUGCAGGCAAGAAGAAGAGUGGCUCCACACAGGAACCACUGCAAAGCUGAGCUCUGCAUGUCCAGAGCAGGCACACACUGCACGGCCCCCUGGAAUCGUCCCCCACAGAGCCAAACCAGCUGUACUGCUUGCAGAGCCGCUGCCCUCAUGGAGGAAGAAUAGGGACUGGAUUUGGGCUAGAUUUUAAGAUUUCCCCAGUCUAACUUCCUGCAGUGCACAGGACAUGGUGGGGAUUAUUCUAGUCUAAUAGUUGUCACCACUACAAACUUCCUCUGGCUUCUCAGUCUGAAUGUAUUGCCCUGGAAUCCCAUUCCAUGCAGCACCCUCCAUUUCUGGCCACGCAAUGCAGCUCCUCGCUUUCCAGGCACACGCACUCUUCUCACCAGUAGAAGGGAAUUCCUGCCAUUUGAUUCCUUGCUAGGGAAAUUUGUGCUAGCACCUUGUGGGAAAUGAAUAGCAUUUUUAAAACAUUCUCAUGAUUGAGGAAAGCUUUGUCCCUUAGCAUGUUGAGUCCCCUUCCUAGCGCAGAAGCCAGCAUUAUCCGUCGAUCAUUUGCUCCCUGGAGAAAGCCAAGCUAUGUGCAAUUUAAUAUCUGUGGAAACAAACAGCAGACGCUUCCUUAAAAGAGAGAUUUGGGGAAAAAUACACAAAAUGUUUUAACAAUGAACCUUCCUUUGUGCCCUUUGUGAGCACAGCGUGUUGGUUCACAGUGUUUUUUUAAAGAGCCAGCACACUGCCUCACCUGCACCUUGUGAUGCAUCUUUGACUUGCAAGAGAGUGACUGCUACAUCAUCUGCCAUGGUAUGAAUCGUGAGAUCAGACACGAGUGGCCCUAGCUCACCAGGGAAAGGUCCUGUCUGCCACCUAGCUGCUGUAUAACAUGGGGCUGGUCUAGAGCAGAACUGUAUGGGGCUCCCAGGCCCCAUCACUGUGGAGCAGACAUGCCAAACCUGUGGGAAAAAAGCAGAAAUUGGGCUUGUUUUUGACUUAAUUGGCUUGUGAGUUGCUCGUUGGCUAGUUUUUGGUUUGUGGAUUGUUUUGCUUGUUGCUUAUUAGAGCUUGUUGCUUCUUUUUUUUUGAUCGGCUCCCGGCAAGCAGGGGUAAGGGGGAGAGAGAGUCAGGGGUACACA